UGCUCUGUAGGCUAUGCAAUUAACUUCCUGUUUGUGUGCUUUCGCGUAUCGUAUGGCGAGACACCGGCUACUACUAACUACACGUGUAGAGUCCUUUAGGUUUAUAACUGGGUGUUUUGUUUUUAUUUGUUGGACUGUCAGUGCACCGAAAUAUAGUAGCGACAUUCUAAUUCGAGUUAGAGUGUUUCGUCUGUAGCCUGACAUCAGAAAUUGACAUCAGAGGUAGGGGAAGAAGACAGAGGCUUCAGCGUAUGUUAACUGUUAUUUCAUCAAACGUGAACAAACAAGGUAAUGACAAGAUAGAGAACUUGGGAUGGAGUAUCUACCUAACUCCAAUUCGAGAUACAAAGACGUGGAGUACUGGGACGAGCGAUACAAGACCGAACAGAGUUUCGAAUGGUUUGGAGACUUGUCCAGAUUUCAUCACUUACUCCAGGGUCAUGUCGACAAAGAAGAUUCCAUAUUAGUUCUUGGUUGUGGGAACAGCUCCAUGAGUGUGGACAUGUACCGGGCCGGCUUCAGCUCCAUCACCAACAUCGACUACUCCUCGGUCUGCAUCGACACCAUGGCGCAGCGCCACACCGACUGUGCGGGCAUGAGCUGGCUCUGCAUGGACGCGCGGCGGCUGGACUUUGCCGACGGCUCGUUCGACGUGGUGCUGGAGAAAGGCACGCUGGACGCCAUGCUUGUGGACGAGAAGGACCCCUGGAGGGUGUCCGAGGAGACUGCCCGAAUGAUGCACCAGGUCCUGAAAGAGGUCAGUCGCGUCCUGAAGCCUGGUGGACGCUUCGUCUCUGUGACUUUCGCCCAGCCUCACUUCCGGAAGCGUCUGUAUGCACGGGCGGAGUACAGCUGGUCCAUCCAACACCAGACCUACGGCCAGGGCUUCCACUACUUCCUGUACGUGCUCACCAAAGGGGAGGAGCUUAGUCAAGAGGACGCCGCCCUGGAGCAGAGAGUGCGGCUUGAGGCAGAGGCCCCGUUCACGGACAUGGUCAGCUAUGAGGACACUGAAUCUGAGGACUUCCUCACUAACAUAGAUCUGUAGAGUGGAUGGGACACUCAAGACAUCCAGACCCAUGCACAGAUUUUAAAAAAGCAGUGGACAUUACAAGUCAUGCACCCUCAGGUGACUGGUCCAGACCACUCUAAACUGACAGCCUGUUGUGCCUACAAACCACUGUGUGUUGUGUGUUCACAAUUAGCCUUACAAUUAAGGCAUUAGGGGUAAGAUUUGAUCAGGGGGCUAGUUGAGAUGAGUUGACAACUUAUUGACAGGUUAUUCAAAGUUAUGGCUUCUGGUUGACUGAUGGGUUACAGAAUUCAAAGACAUUUCCAGUAACAACAAUUUUAAAAAUUUCACCUCUAAGAAUUUUAUAAACCUGAAAAAUCUUGAAGUGAUAUUUUGAUAUGAUCUUUCUGAGAUAGACUCACCUACCAGUGCUUCAAGUAGAGUUCCAGACAAAGAACCAGACUAAAAGCAGCAGUUUGAUGGAUGAUGGCUCAGUAGGAUUUUUUUUUUAUGUUUCAAUAAUGUACCUCAGAGUGACUGUUCCUGUUUAUUUUGUCAUGGAAACACUUCUCUCAUGUCUAAAUGCAGGAAUACUCUACUGUCUUUGUGUUUCCUCUCCAAAAAAAUAAAACAUCUCUAAAUACAACCCAAUACAAUUCAAAGCAUCUCCCCUCCCUCCCUCUCUCUCACUCACUCUCACUCACACACACACACACACACACACUCGCUCUCUCUCUCUCUCUCUCUCUCUCUCUCUCUCUCUCUCUCACUGUGCUGUCAGGUGGGGCUCUGUUGGGCUGCCGUAUUGUGUUGACGCUUACAGCAGGGUUGAGGUUGGUUCUGGGUGGCGGCGGGCUGUCGGCUCUGAGAGAGGCCUGUCACACAUCACAGGAUCUGAGGAGAACAAGCACAGAAGAAAGAGCUGGGGGUGGAGGGGGGUGGGUGGGAGAAAGAUUUCAGAAUUUGUUGAAGAAACAUUGCAUGGAGACGUUCACAGCUGCCGCUUAAAUAUAGACCAGUCACACAGAGUGUCUAACAGCCCAUUAAUAAGGCAGAAAUCAUUUAUUUUUAAUUCUCCUCUGAAAUGUAAUUACAAUGUCUAUUUUUAAAGACCUUGGAGAGAGGUGGCUGAUUUCUGAGCCUGGCCUCUCACUGUUAAUACUGCUGAUCAUUUCGUUGAUUACAGUUCAGUGGCUAUUUCGCCGGAAGGUGUUCAAGAAUAUAUGUAUUGGAUGUUGCCAGUGUUUCAGCGGUUAUCUAUAGAUGCCUGCUGAUGGUGAAGUUUUGGAUAAGCAGUUCACUCAUAGCUCAGUGUGGUUACAGGCAGCUCCUCUGCCCUCUCCCCAAGCAGUGGCAGGCAUGGAGUCCUCUGCUAAGUUUAACCAGAGACUUUCUAAUGAGGAGACACAGCACUCAAAAAAUCCUCCAUAGAAAUGCAUGGGGUUAGU